AUGCUCAAAAAGAAGGCGAGGGAAGAAGCAGUUCCUCCUCUUCUGCUGGACAACUUUGUGGCUGGAAAUGAGGCUCAGAACUGUGGCGGCCGCUUGGAACCACAGGAGGAACAAGCCCAAGGAAAAGCCAGAAAUGCAGAAAGAACCUGGUUUCGUCUUCAUUUCUGCAUUGGUUUGUUUUAUCUUUUUUCUUCUAUUUUACUCCUGAGACAUGUCAGUUUCUGUUCUGCCUACUCCCGUUGUCUGCCAUCUCUCCCCAGAAUUCUGGUGCUGGAGGGCGAGGCUGUGGGCAUAAAGAGCUUCGGAUACUCUCUGUCGGGCGGCCUGGACGUGGAUGGGAACCAUUACCCCGACCUGCUGGUGGGCUCCCUGGCCGACACGGCCGUGCUCUUUAGGGCCAGACCUGUCCUCCAUGUCUCCCACGAGGUCUUCAUUGCUCCACGAACCAUCGACCUAGAACAGCCCAGCUGUGCUGGUGGCCACUCAGUCUGUGUGGACCUCAGAGUCUGUUUCAGCUACAUUGCAGCACCCAGCAGCUACAGCCCUAUUGUGGAACACAACUGGCUUCAGGAAGAUUCUACUGGCAGCCUUCCUUUCCCAGUCGCAGCCUCCAGAGGUUCCCUCCCUGCCUUCCCAAGGGCCCCCUUCUCUCUUGGAAGGCGCUACUCUCUGAGAUCCGGCACCUCUGGACUUCCUUGGGCACGUUCCUCCUCCUUCGUCACCUUCUCAGGUCUGAGUCCUGUCCCAAGGAGCUCUUGCUCAGAGGGUCCUCUCCUACUGGGAGUGAGUGUUGCUGGCAGUAUCUGAGACCCCCACUGCUGGCCACCCUUCAUCGCCUGCUCUUCUGUACUUCCUGGCCUUCCCACAAUGGUUCUGCUGGUCUCACCUGCUGCUGCUGCUUCUUUUUUUUUUU